CAAGCCGGAGCCAAUCGUCCAACAUUGACGAAGGGAGGGUUGGAGGUGAUGAGGGUAUGCUUUGUUCUCCUGCAGUUCCGGAGGCUGAUUGGCACCCGACGCUUCACAACUUCAACCAACCGGCUAGCUUCGUCUCAAGAGUCGGCUCGCCUCGAUUUUCGAGCAAUUGAUGCGAAAUGGCAGAGGAGAUGGGCGGAUCAGUCCCCUGCGCGGAAGCAGCCCAAGACUUCUCGGAACUCCUAUAUUUUGCCCAUGUUCGCCUACCCAUCUGGCUCAUUGCACAUGGGCCAUCUUCGCGUCUACACGAUCUCCGAUGUCAUCGCACGUUAUCGGCGGAUGCGAGGUGAUCAAGUUUUGCACCCUACAGGCUGGGAUGCGUUUGGAUUGCCGGCGGAGAAUGCUGCCAUCGAGCGUGGAAUCGAUCCUGCUGUUUGGACUGAAGAAAAUAUUGCAAAAAUGAAACAUCAGCUCAAAAGCAUGAACACAAGUUUUGAUUGGGAUGCUGAAAUAUCCACUUGCUCUCCGUCGUUCUACAAGCAUACUCAAAGCAUCUUUUUGAAGCUGUUCAGCCGUGGGUUGGCGUAUCAAGCUGAAGCCCUGGUAAAUUAUGAUCCCGUGGACAAAACUGUCCUAGCAAACGAACAGGUCGAUAACAAUGGACUCUCCUGGAGAUCUGGAGCUCUGGUACAGCAGAUCAAACUUCGCCAGUGGUUCUUCCGCAUUACCGCAUUCAAAGAGGCGCUUUUACGCGAUCUCGACUACCUCUCUGAAGGCAAUAAAUGGCCUGACAGAGUGAUCUCCCAACAAAGAAAUUGGCUCGGUCGCUCUACUGGAGCUCGCAUUCAAUUUAGCCUGAAGGAUGAAGCUGGAAUGGCAACCCCAGUUCAUGUCUUCACGACUCGCCCCGAUACGUUGUUCGGGGUCAAAUACAUCGCACUGUCAAUGAGUCAUCCUUUAGUACAACAGCUGGCUGCGAAGAAUCCCGAACUGCUACGUUUCCUGGACAGGCGAGCCUCCUUUACUUCAGACACAAAAGAAGGCUUUGAGUUGCCGUUACUAGCGGUUAACCCCUUGUCGCAGACACUGGGCCUCAAGGAAGAAUCACUGCCCGUGUUUACUGCACCCUAUGUCUUGGAAGACUAUGGCGAAGGCGCUGUUAUGGGUGUCCCUGCUCAUGACUCCCGAGAUCUCGGCUUCUGGAAACUUCACAGGCCUUCAGAUCCCGUCACAAUGGUGAUAGCGCCUGAAAAGCGUGACAUGGAGGCAAUCCAUGUCCUUCCCAAUCAUUUACCGGAAGCGUACACCAACCAUGGUGUUUUGACUUCUGCCUGUGGACCCUACGCUGGAAUGGACAGCGGCGACGCGCGCCUGAAGAUCGUCGAGGACCUACAAAAGCAUGGCCUCGGAGGACCUUUCGAGACGUGGAGACUACGAGACUGGUUGGUGAGCCGACAAAGGUAUUGGGGUACACCUAUCCCGAUCAUUCAUUGCUCUACUUGUGGGGCUGUCCCCGUACCAGAGAAAGAUCUCCCCGUAGUGUUACCGCAACUGGAUUCAUCCAUCAAAGGCCGAAUGGGCAAUCCCCUCGACAAGGCCGAGGACUGGGUAACUUGCAAUUGUCCGAAGUGCCAGGGACCGGCCAGACGAGAAACAGAUACCAUGGACACUUUUGUCGACUCUUCAUGGUACUUCACGCGGUUUCCCGACUCGCAAAACGAGACCGAGCUCUUCUCGCAAGACUCAGCCGCGAGCAUGCUACCAGUCGACACGUAUGUCGGUGGGGUCGAGCAUGCCAUUCUACACUUGCUCUAUGCACGGUUCAUUUACAAAUUCCUUUGUACCGAGGGUUUGGUCCCUGGCGAGCAAGGCCAGCAGGAACCUUUCCAACGGCUCGUGGCUCAGGGUAUGGUCCAUGGAAAGACAUUCUCUGACCCCGAUACAGGACGCUUUUUGUUGCCUGGUGAGCUUGACGUUAAUGGUGAGAACAUGGUCAUCAGGUUAACGGGCAAGUCGCCAAAUGUGACGUUCGAAAAGAUGUCCAAGAGCAAGCACAACGGUGUAGAUCCGUCGGUGGCUAUAGAAAAGUUUGGUGCUGACGCUCUGCGAGCUCAUAUCUUGUUCGCGGCUCCAGUCAGUGAAGUCUUACAAUGGGACGAAGAGAAGAUCGUUGGUAUCCAGAGAUGGUUUGGCCGUGUCAAUCGACUUGUUGCAGACCUUGUCGAGCAAGGCCUCCAGGGCAGAGUGGAUUUAUCCUCGCUCGACGUGGACAAGCUGACCGACAAUGAUGCAAGUGUCCUACUGCUGACACAGGACACAAGCAAAAACAUAUCUCAUACCUUCUCAAACGACAUUUAUGGCCUCAACACGGCGAUCUCGGAUCUCAUCAAGUUAACAAAUGGAGUGCACAACGUUGGCAUCAAGAACUUGACGAAACGAGUCGCACAUCAAGCAGUCUCAGCAUUGCUGAAAAUGAUGGCGCCCAUCACACCAGCUUUCGCGGAGGAGUGCUGGGAAGCUUUGACGGAAAAUGGAAAAAUAGAAAGCAUAUUCAACUCCCCGUGGACAGGCGACAUCAUAAGUCCGGAGCAAGAGUCUGCUCUGAAAGCACGCCAGAGAUGCAUUGUCUGUGCCGUUCAGGUCAACGGGAAGCUCCGUUUCACUGCCAAAGUUCCUUCUGCAAAGUCAAGAGAGACGGCAGGCUCGGACAGGGCAGCAAGAGAUGCAGAAAUCCUCGAAGCAGUCCUCUCUACCGAAGACGGGCGUAUAUGGUUAACGCAAAAGAACGACUGGGAGAAGAGGAAAAGAGUGGUUGUCGUUGGCGAUGGCAAAGUGCUUAAUGUCGUCUUCUGACGCGCUCGCUCUCACCUUGUGUACGAAUAGAAGCAGCAUUCCUUUGUGAUAGCUGUUUUGCCAAGGACUGGCCGUAGAUGUGUAACAUUUUUUCCCCG